GUCGGGGCGGUCAGUCCGCGCCCGCAGGCGCUGAGCUGGAACGAAAGGCCGGGGGAGGCUGCCAGCUACUCCGGCCGGGGGAUUCGCGGGGCUUUCUCGGCCUGCCCGGGGCCAGGCACGUGGGUGGUGGGCGCUGUGUGCCGGCCCGCCCCAAGCAGGAGGAGCGGCUCCGCACGCUGCCCGCCGCCAGCUCACCCGCACGGCCGAGCCGGAGAAGCACGCACACGGAAUGGCUGCUGCUGCCUUGCUGCUUGCCAACCUCACCAACAGCAGUGACAGCGGCUGCAACGUGCAUCACCACCGCUACACAGCAAAGGUGAUUUUUUCAUGCUUUUACAUAAUCCUGCUGGUCUUUGGCUCCUGUGGGAACAUCCUUGCCCUUUGUGUCACCUUUCAGCGAGGGAAGAAGAAAAUCAACUCUACUGACCUCUACCUGAUCAACCUGGCUCUGUCCGAUGCCCUCUUCACACUUGCACUGCCAGGAAGGAUUGCCUACUAUCUCCUGGAAUUCAAUUGGCCCUUUGGGGACUUGUUUUGCCGGGUGACAGCUUUCAUCUUCUACAUGAACACCUACGUGGGCAUCUACUUCAUGACCUGCGUGAGUGUGGACCGCUACAUUGCAGUGGUCCGUAGCCGGUGCCUGGGCAAGUUCAGAAGGGUCAGCCGUGUAAAAUAUAUCUGUGGGGUGGUUUGGUUGCUAGUAUUCCUCCAGACAAUGCCACUGCUCAUGCGGCCCAUGACAAAGGUGAUGGGAGACAAGCUGACCUGCAUGGAGUACUUCAACUUUGAAGAGAUUCCCAAACUCCCCAUCAUCCUCCUGGGAGCUUGCAUGGUGGGGUUCCUCUUACCUGUCGGAAUUAUAUUGGUUUGCUACGUGCGGAUCAACCUCAAAUUGUGCAGAGCAGCCAAAGAAAACCCUCUGACUGACAAGAAUGGGCACCACCGAAAGGCUGUCACAGUUAUCGUGGUGGUGCUCCUCGCUGUAGUGAUGUGUUUUAGCCCUUAUCAUGUAAAUAUCAUUCAGUUCAUGAUCAGGAAGAUCUUGUACCAGCCAUCCUGCUUGGAGCAGAAAGCUUUCAAGAUGUCUUUACAAGUCACAGUGGCUAUGAUGAACAUGAACUGUUGCAUUGAUCCGAUCAUUUAUUUCUUUGCAUUUAGAGGCUAUAAGAGGAGGCUCCUCAGGAUCUUUAAAAACAGUGGCUCCACUCUCUCCUCUUCCACUGCCAAGACACCUUCAGAAAGCAACAGCAACAGCCACAACCAAGGAGCUUGCUCUUUGUCAGUUUAGCUAGCUCUUUGUCAGUUUGCCUUCAUCUGCUUAGAGCUUUAACUUAAAAUUACCCCUAACUGCACUGGUGUGACUCCAUGCAUAGUAGCAGAAGUUGGAACGCAAGUGCAGGCAAGAAGUUUGCAUUUUUACCAUUCUUCCUGUGCAGCGCAGCAUGACCCUGGAGUAAUAUCACUAGCAGCUUUUCUAUUCUUUUACUGGCUGCAGUGGUGGUGACCCAGGGGCAGUGCCAUGGUGGGAAGUUUUAAGAAAAAACAGGGAAUAGAUACAGCUUUAGGCCAAGAUAUAUAUUUCACUUAUUACAUAUUGUGGCUGUGUAUAACUAACUAUAUAUAGUCACAAGGUUUAAUGAUUCCUGAAACCAGUUCUAACACACUGACAGAUGUGUGUUGUAUGCUGAAGAUGCAGUGCUUCUGCUAGAUACAGGGCAUCACACAAAAUUCAGCAAAAAACAAAGGCACAGGAGGUACUCAAAACCCCUUGGAAAUGUCCUGUGCUUUGCAUAUAAUGCAGCUUUAUCUUCUGGACAUACUCAAUAUUUUGUUUGCUUCCUAAAUAAAGGGAGUUGCCAUGAGCUUUUAACCAUUCAGGAUUUAAUUUGGUGUACUUGAACCUAGCAAAGAGUUGGAAACUGUUUUUGACCACCUUAAACUCUCCAUUGGUAUUUGACAUGAAGCCAGCUUUCUCUGUUUCUUUCCUGUGACUGGAAUUAUACCAACAUAUACCGAGUGUCCACUGGUGACUAGGACUGGGUUAAAAGAGCAGCAGGAACAAAAGUCGGACCUCAGCUACCUAAGCUCAGCUUAUCUACAGUAAAUUUAAAAAAUGAAAGUGACUCAAAGUUUCUGAAAUUCUCCAGCAACCUGACAUUGUGUUGUGGGAAAAGUACAAAAGAGAACUGUGAAGUCCGUCACAACAGUUCCUGUAAUUAGUGAUUGUAGUCUAAUAACUGGCAAAGGUCUGAGACAGUAAAGAAGUUGGGGUAUGAGGAGAACUACAUGUUUUCAUUUUGCUAGUAAGCUUAAGAGUUUGCCCUUUAUUUUAGGGGAAAGUGCACAGUAGAUUUUCAAAUUAUGACUAUUUUAACUAAAUGUAAAGGCUUUUAGAAAGCAAUCUCUGCCCUUCUUCAAAUGGGUCAGGAGCAGUUGCAUUGCCUUAACUAUACCGGGUAGGACCAUAUGUAAGACUGAAAAACCUAGGUUUUAUAAACUAUUUAAGAUUACUCAUUUAUUAGAAAUAGGAGAUUUACCUACUAAUAGCUAACUUUCUGGAAAGCUAUUGUAAGCUCUGAAUGUUUUUGUAAGUCAAUGUCAUGACAGUUGUACAAACUACACAAAGUUUGAGAUGUUUAUAGGUCACAUGUGAUGGCACUAGUCAGGCAUAAUAAUUAGAAGUACAAUAUUAAUACACAUAAUGAAGAGAGAGAGAGAGUCCUUGCCCUGGACAGAGGUUGGGACUCUCUCAGCUUCUGAAGACUAGAUACUACUGUAUGUUGUUUGCAUUGCCCGUUUCUAACCUAACUUUGGAUGACUGAGGUCUGUGAAGCUUGUUGGUAGACUUUAUGACCAGUCUAUCAAGAAACUGGAAGGAGAACAUUACAAUCUUUACUAAACUUCAGUAAUUAAAAGAAUGCACAGAACCAGCUGCUUUUCCAGGCUGUACAUUAGAAGUAACACAUUCUGUAGAGGAAAUAAGUGAAAUAGCCAAGUGGUCUAAGGUGCCAGACUCAAGAGCAUGUUUUUCAAAGACAGACAAGGUUCUUUGGGUAAAUCCAAUAUCUUUUAUUAGACAAAUUCAGAUAGUUAGAAAUGUUUUUCAAAGGUGGUGAAUGGCCACUCUAGAUAUACCUUGUUCGUAUGCUCUUCCUCUAAAGCAUCCACUCCUGCCAUUGCUGGAGACAGGAUACUAGUCAAAAUGGACCAUUGGUCUGACCCAGAAUGGAAUUGCAUAUGUUCUUAAAUUAGUUUGGAAAUCCACUCAUGAAUUUGGACAGAGGAAAGAAUAUAAAAACAAUGUAGGCAUAUUUUUUCCUCACACUGGUAGGAGCUUGAGAUGAAUAAAUGUACUUUUAAAAAGUCUGUGAAACCUUUUCCAUGCUUUUCUUUGUGGACAAAAACAUGUUUUCCUAACAGAAACCUUACUAGGCUUUAUUCUGUAUUAAUUUUUUUUCUUCAAAUAAUAAAACAUGUCUUGUGAA